CCCUGCCAGACUCGCAGCUCCUGGCUGCGGCAUCGCUUCUGUGGUCGGCCGUGAUUUCGUGUGGGUGGGGAAGGAGCUGUGCCACGAGCGCUUUCCUAGGGUGGUUUUUUCUCAAGUAUUUUUUCCAGUUUGUUUGGAACUCGGGAGAUGAGAAUUUUAAUUUUGGGAUUAGAUGGAGCAGGAAAAACCACAAUAUUGUACAGAUUGCAAGUUGGAGAAGUCGUGACUACUAUUCCUACCAUAGGAUUUAAUGUAGAGACGGUGACAUACAAAAACCUUAAGUUCCAAGUCUGGGAUUUAGGAGGACAGACAAGUAUCAGGCCAUACUGGAGAUGUUACUAUUCAAACACAGAUGCAGUUAUUUAUGUAGUAGACAGUUGUGACCGAGACCGAAUUGGCAUUUCCAAAUCAGAGUUAGUUGCCAUGUUGGAGGAAGAAGAGCUGAGAAAAGCCAUUUUAGUGGUGUUUGCAAAUAAACAGGACAUGGAACAGGCCAUGACUCCCUCAGAGAUGGCAAAUUCACUUGGGUUACCUGCCUUGAAGGACCGAAAGUGGCAGAUAUUCAAAACAUCAGCAACCAAAGGCACUGGCCUCGAUGAGGCCAUGGAGUGGUUAGUUGAAACGUUGAAAAGCAGACAGUAGUCCAGUCCUUUAGCUCUUGGAAUUGAAAGCUGCAUCACCUGUUGUGUUCACACUGCGAGAUGCGGACACUGCUUAGCUUCACCAUGUGCGGAACUGACUGCAGUGUUUGUAAUAAAUUCGGAAAAUAAGUGUGUGGAGAGGUAACUUGGUUGAAUCACCUGAAUAUUCUGUGUCAUGUACAAUAUUCCUUCCUUGCUUUCUUGUGUUAAGGUAUAUUCUGUUUGUAUGAAAUUCUUAUUCCAGUACAGUCCUGUUAAAGAAUGCACUCUUCUUCCUGGGGAAAAACCCUUCUAUUUUUGAAUUAGUAGUUGCAGCUUGUUUGUAUAAACACUAAUAAAUAUCUUAACUUGGAUUUUUUUCCCCCUUAUAAUGAAUUAAGUCUUUCCAAAGAUUAGGCUCAAUAGAGUAGGCUGGGAACAUAGUCUGUAUAAUAUAGUCCUCAUUUGCUUAACUUUUUUGAUUUAAAAGCUUUUGGUUGUAGGCAUGAAUAUUCUUUUGGUGGUUAACUUCACUGACAUAUCUGUAAUUUUCUUUUACUUUAUAGUUGUUGAAAAAUUUUACGUAUAGUGGUCUAGUUGAUUUGUGCAG